AUGAAUACCCUCGCGCAUCUGUUUAGCUCUCUCACUACGAACGCGGCUGCCACUAUAAAUGAUGACAUAUAUGGCUCUACUAGCAUAAGUCAGCCCAACCCAGACAGUAUCUCGAUUGCGGAUGCGACUUCAAAUUCUGGGACUUCAGAAACGCGAUCAACCAAUUCAUCCAUAAUAAUCAGUCACGAGAUCACUUACAGAUCGUAUCCACCUGAUCCUUACCCUAUGCCGUCCUCCUUAAGUUAUACAAUCGCAUCUGAGCUCACGCCGGGGGCAGAAGAGUCACACCAUCCUCACGUUGGUGCGCUUCUAACACCCGCUGAUCCAAACCCGCCUGGGCCUGUUGCGGAAGGAGAUGUAAUUGAGCCUGAAAGUGCUUCACUAAAACGCCAGAGACUUGAAGAUUUUGACGAAAAACUUGAGGGUACAUCAGACUUCUUCCCCUCAUUAUAUACAUGUAUUCAUGAUUUAAUUUGUGUGUGA